AUAUAUAUAUAUAUAGCAACGUCAAUAACCGCGAAUAGGCGUUGUUUUACUCAUCAAAAGACAUCAACACAACUGUGCAGUUUCUGGCGAGUAAUUUCCUCAUUUUGUUCUUCGUCUGAAGGUUUUAGUGAAAAAUGUGUGGGUACACGUGCAUCAGAUAUUUGGUCUUUUUCUUCAAUUUUAUUUUCUUUCUCGCUGGCGCAGGUUUAAUUGGAACUGGAGCGUACUUAAAACUUGAGGAUGACGAUUACCUUGAUCUUUGUGACAAAUAUUCUUGGGCCACUGGUGCAAAUCUCCUAUUGGCUGUUGGAGCUGUCGUUUUGAUCAUUGCUUUCUUUGGUUGCUAUGGCGCAUGGAAACAGAACUCCUGUUUUCUGGGAAUAUUCUUCGUUCUAUUGUUGAUCGUUUUCGUUUGUGAAAUUGUUGCUGGAGUCAUAGGUGGCGUAGAAAGAUCUAAGGUUGAGGAUGAACUGAGACAAUGUUUAAACGGAACAUUUGUAGAAAACAUUAAAGGUUCUCCAAAAUUUCAAGGUCAUUGGAACAAAUUUGAAGAAAAGUAUAAAUGCUGUGGAAUUGAAGAUUCUGGAGACUAUACCGACAAGAACGCCACUGCCCCUUGUGUAAAUGCAUCAUAUAAUAGUACGGGAUGUUAUGAUAAGAUCAAAACUGAACUUGAGGACAAUCUAGAAGUUGUUCUCGGAGUUGGUAUUGGCUUUGCUAUGAUUCAGAUCUUGGGUUUAAUUAUGUCGAUGUAUUUGAUCUGUCAAAUAAAGAAAGGCGGAGAAACAAUUUAGACAUUGAAGACUUACGUGAAUUAUCAAAUGAAUGUUUCGUUAAUAUAACUAUCAAUUUUUGCACACGCUCUCUCCAAGAGCAUUAAGACGUUAUUUCUUAGAUUUAUUUGAUGUAUUUUCCAAUGUUAUGUACACACUCUCAAAAUAUCAUACUUUUGUAAAUGCGUAUGUACAAGUAUAGUUUAGUCACACUUCA